UUGUGUAAUGUACAUCAAGAAUGUCGCACUUGUUUGAGCCAUGGCUUUGAGUGUUCCAUCAGUUCCUCGCUCGCUACCGCCUCCAACAAGCGAUCGGCAAGAGGUUAAGGCAGUGUUGGCAGCUCAAGAUGUGGAGUCCAAUGCCCUCAAGGCGCAAUUGGCGGAUGCGCAGCGUGAAAGCCGCCGCUUGAAGCACAAGCUGUGGGACCUUGAGGGGGAGCUCAAAGUGGCCAACGAGGCCACUAGUUCGGCAGAAGAACGCCUGAGCGCACAUGCAGAGCGCCAAGAGUUGCUGCUAUCGGCAGGUGUCGAGCGCACCGGUGUGGAGAGGGUGAAGCUGGAAGAAGAGCUACAGCGCAUGGAAAGAUUACUUUGGGAGCGAGACCAGGACAUUCGCACCUUGCGACACCGAGCCCAAGAACUCGAAUCCAGCCAGUUGCAUUUGGAUCUGGAGAUGCGGGGGCUGCAUGCCGCGAAAGAGACAAGCACCUCCCAGGCCCACGAGCUCAGCGGAAGCAUCUCAGAGCUCUUGCACAAGAAGCUGCACAAGGCAGAAGUCCAAAAGCACGGUAGCGUUGACUUUGGCUUCGACUUUGGCGCCGCAGCAUCACAGCGGGAAGCGAAGAGGCUGCAAGAAACCACCAAACUCCUGGAAACCAAGCGGCAGGAGCACGCCACCCUUCAGCAUCGAGCCGAGCAGGCUGCUGCUGAAGCACGUCGUUUGGAGGCAGAAGAAGCUUCGCUCCAUCAUCGAGUCCAACUCUUCGAGAAGGAGUUACGAGAGAAGCAGGGUCAGAUGGAGCAGCAUGACAAGCAAGCUGUGCAUGAAGGGGCCCUGCUGCGGGGGCAUCUAGACGAACUGCGCCAGGCAGUGGCCAAGGAACAGAAAGGCUUCAUGACAGCUGAUCACUUGGCAGUCUUGAAGCCUCACGUCUCGGAAGAGACACGAGCAGCCAAAGAAGAAGUCCAGUCAAUUCUGGCGAUGAUCCCAGAGCUGGAUGCAGCGCUGCGAGUCCGGAAGCAACACGUCUACAGUGCAGAGGUCCACUCUGAUUCCAUCGAUGUGGCGCUUCAUGCAGUGCUGCGCAGCGGAACAGCGGCCCCAGGGUUGGUGUGUCGCUUGGGUCACGCGGACUAUAUGAUCGGUCCACAUCGUGUUCAUCUCCUUGCAGGGCCAGGUGGCACUUUGCUCUAUAGCAAGGACGGUGAGCAGGCGCAGCAGAUCACCAACUUGCUUCAUGAGCAGGCGCAGCAGCACGCUUCUGCAGCCCAUCCUCAUCAAGAUUUCUGAGCGCAUGUCCUAUCGAAGUUUUUGGGGCCCUACGCCCCUUGGCCAAGGGUUUGGAGGAGUCUGUCGCAGACUAGAGGCACUCUUCACUCUCUUCGCUUGUCCACGGGUUUGUGUAAAGGGUUGUGAGAAGACCCGUG